AUGUCAGACGAGGGCGCUUCUCCCCGCGAGCUUAUUGUCGAAGCCUGUCGCCGCGACCAGCCCCAUCUCAUAGAACAAGUCCUCGACUCAUUCGAAGGGAAGUCAAAUGAAGAGGUAGCCGAGAUCUUCAACGGCGUCACAGACGCAAUGGGCAACUACGCUCUUCACAUCUGCGCGCAAUACGGAAGCUACGACACAAUGGACGGCCUCUUCGACAUCCAAUUCUUCGAAUGCGACCCCCUCACCCGGCUAGACAAUGACACUCCGCUGCACGUGGCAGUCCGGUACGCGAAUGAGAAAGACGCCGAGGUAGGCACGGCAAUGAUCAAGAUGAUGUGCGAGGCAGGGUGUGACCCGCGAGUCAGGAAUAAACAUGGCCAAAAGCCGGCGGAGCUGGUCUACAAUAACCAGGAGAUCAAGACAACGCUGCAGCAGGCCGAGUAUGUGCUUGCGGAGGGGUUGAGGAAUGAGGAUAUCGCUGAUGAAAGUGAGGGAAGUGCCAGUGACAGUGAGUAG